AGGAUACCCACCGCACAGUUGGCGCCGUCAUUUGCUGUCGCUCUCCGCACCUUACUGCCCCCUUUUUUGUGCUCUGUGCUUUCUUCGUCGUAUUUGCUGUACCACUCACCCCCCGGCAAAUGGCCUCUCUAGCUUUUCCACUGCGGCAAACGGUGCUGCCCAUUGUCGGGCAGGGAACCAAGAAACUCAACUUCCCUGUACGCCGCAUCUAUUGCGUAGGCCAGAACUUUAGUAGCCACGCCCGUGAGAUGGGCGGCGUCACUUGCCGACACAACCCCUUCUUCUUCUGCCACCCCACCGACAGCCUCGCGACGGACCUCGACAACCACAGCUCGGCCGACGCCGCCAUCAGCAUUCACUACCCACCGCUUACCGAGAGUUACCAUCACGAGGUGGAGAUGGUCGUCGCGCUCGGGCAACCGGCGGACGACGUCGCGAAGUCCUGGGCCGACGCGCAUACCGCCGAAGGGCCGCGGUACACGAACGUGCCGGUGGAGAAGGCGCAUGAGAUCGUCUUCGGCUACGCGGUCGGGCUGGACAUGACGCGGCGCGAUCUACAGAGUCAGGCCAAGGCAAACGGGAAGCCGUGGGACCUAGCCAAGGGCGCUGACGAAGGCGCUGUUGUGUCGCCGCUGUUGCUGGCGUCCGAUUUGAAGGCGACGCAUCCGGAGCUGUUUUUGGACCUUGAAAGGAAUCCUUCCAAAACGGUUUUGUGUGGUGAGAUUUUUCUGAACGUCAACAAGAACGAGCGACAGCGCGGUAAUCUCUCGAACAUGGUGUCUCCCGUUUCGGAGCUGAUUGCGCAUCUGUCGAAGUCGGUGGCGCUACGCCCGGGAGACCUCAUCUUCACGGGGACGCCGUCCGGGGUCGGCGCGGUUCGCACAGGCGACGUCAUGGAGGCUGGCAUCCGCGGCAUCGGCACUCUCACCGUGACGGUUGUGUAG